AUGGCAGGCAACACGAUGACAUCGACCGAAGGUCCAGUCAACCGCCUGAAGAGAAAGAUGGAGACUUUCCCCUCCAUUCUGGAACUCAAAACGAACUACGACACCAAGGUCAAGGAGCUUAGAAAGACCGAACUGGUAGAAUAUGCCGAGGAGGAGGAAGUUGACCACCUCGAUGAAAUGAUCGGACGGAUGAGGGAAGAGCUGGCCUCCAGAAAACAACAACACUUCUCGCGAUAUUCCAAAUGGGCCGCCAGAGAGGUUGGCUAUAGCCUCGAUUUUAUUGAGGCAGAUCCAGAAACCCUGGAGAAGCAAUUGAAACGGGCCAAGAGGGCGGUGGAGUUUAUGGAGGAGAGGAUUGAUGUCCAUGCGAUGGCGAUGGUGGUACAGGAUUUGGAGAGGGAUUUCCAUGCGGGCAUGAGGAAGUUGGGGGAGGCAAGGAAAAGGACUGCGGAGGUGGAGAGGGAUGUGGCUGAGGCUGGAAAGUCCUUCAUGAAAGGCGGUAUUAAAUGGUGUGAGGAGGGGUUGGAGGAGUUGAACGAGGGAGAGGAGAAGGGGGUGGAGGGGGCAGUGAAGAAGAGAAAGUUGGCUCGUGGCCGAUGUAACUCGGUCUAA